AUGAGUUCAAUCACUCGCAUGUCCCCGCUGGACCUGCUUAAGCUCAAUGCGACCAACCUCGAUCCGCUUACUGAGAACUACGACCUCGGCUUCUAUCUCAACUACCUCACCAAGUGGCCGUCGCUCUUCAGCACGGUGAAGGACCGCGAUGCCGGCGUGGUGGGCUACAUCAUGGGCAAGCUCGAAGAGCAGCAUCCCUCCAUGCGUCAGUCCGAGCACUACACCCCGUGGCACGGGCAUAUCACGGUGUUGACCGUUGCCCCCGCCUGGCGCCGACUUGGCUAUGCCAGCCAGCUGACUGAGGAGCUGGAGCAUGGGUCUGAUAUCAACGACGCGUGGUUUGUUGACCUGUAUGUCCGAUCUGGGAAUAAGGUUGCCGUAGAUAUGUACAAGGGAAUGGGAUAUUCAGUCUUCAGGCGAGUGGUUAAUUACUACAGCGACGACCCAACGGGAAUGUCAGAUUCCGGUGAAGAUGCAUUCGACAUGCGCAAACCGUGUAGCCGGGACACGAAGCUUGAACACAUUCGAGAUAAGGGCGAAGACUUCCUUGUGAGCCCUGAGGAUGUUUCCUAG